UUUGGCUCAACAGCAUUGUGCCACUCAACUUGCCGCGAAGGCUCUUGGAUCUGUGGAUGCGUUGAGGUAUGGCUGCUGCCACCUUCGUUCAGCCUGAUGCGCAGAAAGGUAUAGGCAACAACGGUUUCGCCAUGCCUCCCUAUGGAGGAUCCUUCAACGAGGAGAUGUACGGCCAAUCGCCGCAGACAUAUCUGAACAAUGGCUUCAACGGAUGCGGCGACUACAACAACGGAAUGGCUAAUUUCGGAUUCGAUCCCAUGAAGCAACCCGGGUUCAAUGGCUGUGGCGCAGCUGGCCCCAGCCCUCCUGGUGGUCCUGUUGCCCCAGCCCCUGCUGGUCCUGGCCCGGGUGGGCCUGGAGGGGCAUAUGGCAUGAACGGCAUGAACAACAUGAACGGCAUGAAUCCCAUGAAUGGCAUGAAUGGCAUGAAUGGCAUGAAUGGCAUGAACGGCAUGAACGGCAUGAACGGCAUGAAUGGCAUGAACGCCAUGAAUGCGAUGCAAAUGAUUUACAACAACGGCUUUGCCAACUACCAGGGUGAUCAUGCUGAAGGCUUGGGUUGGCGCCAGGAGUACUCCCAGGGAGCGGUGCCCGAGUACGAAGCUGAGGCUUUGUGGUCGACUGAGGCAGACGAAGAGUUCGCGCAGGUUCAUGUCUUCGGGCCCAGCGGUGAGCAAAUUCCGCCAGCCGUGACCAGUUUCCAGCAAGCCUCAGAGCUUUUUCCAGACGUGCUUGUGCACAAGUUGCUGGAGGCAGGGUUCACCGCUCCAACGCCAAUUCAGGCGCAUACUUGGGCAAUUGGGGUCGCAGGCAAGGACCUGAUCGGGAUUGCAAAGACAGGCAGUGGCAAGACGUUGGCCUUCCUCAUGCCCGGCUUUUUGCGGAUCACCCAGACCCGCAGCCGGCUGCCGCAGCUGUGCGUGUUGGCUCCUACCCGGGAGCUGGCGUGCCAGAUCGAGGCCGAGGCGGAGAAGUUCGGCCGCGCCGCGGGGAUCCGGACCGCGUGCUGCUACGGCGGCGCGCCGCGCGGCCAGCAGCUGGGCGCGCUGCGGCGCGGGGCGCAGGUGGUGGUGGCCUGCCCCGGGCGGCUCAACGACUUCCUGCAGAGCGGCUCCGUGAGCCUGGCGCACGUGACCUACCUGGUGCUGGACGAGGCCGACCGCAUGCUGGACAUGGGCUUCGAGCCUCAGAUCCGACAGGUCAUCAAGGAAGUCCCCGAGCAGCGGCAGACCUUGCUGUUCACUGCCACGUGGCCCCGCGAAGUGCGAUCUCUUGCCAGCGAAUUCUUGACUCGCCCAAUCCACGUCCAAACCGGCGCUGUGCAUGAAAUGACUGUAAACAAAGAUAUUGAGCAGCGAGUCAUGUUCUGCUCCGAUGAGGAGGACAAGGCCAGACAGCUUUUGCAGAUUCUUCAUUCCCUUGGGCGUGGUGAUAGAUGCCUCAUUUUUUGCGAGAUGAAGCGAUCGUGCGAGAUUCUGGCAAAUGACCUGAUGCAGUAUCAUGGAGUGCCGGCUGUCCGGAUCCAUGGGGAUAUGGCGCAGUAUGAACGAACAGCUGCGCUGGAGGCUUUCAAGAGUGGCCAGAGCCCCAUCCUUUGUGCAACCGAUGUUGCGGCGCGGGGCCUUGACAUCAAGGGUGUGACUUGCGUCAUCAACUACGACUCAGCAGGGUCUGGCAAGGACUAUGUCCAUCGCAUUGGCAGGACAGGCCGGGCUGGUCAGAAAGGCUUAGCCUUCUCGCUGCUCAUUUUGCACAAGGAGGACAAGAAAGCGCAGGAAAUCGCCACCGUUCUCGUUCGGAGUGGUGCGGUGAUUCCACCGGAGCUGGAGCGUUUUGUUCACCAGCGGGAUGGCCACAGAAAAGGUGGAGGAAAAGGAAAGGGCAAAGGCAGAGGCAAAGGGGACAGGAGAGAUGGCAAAGGCAAAGAUGGCAAGGGCAAAGGUGGCAAAGGGAAGGGCAAGGGCGGCAAGAGGUGAUUCCCGUACCGUGAGUUGGCAGCUCAGGAUGUGGCAUAGCAAUUCGUGUGUGCCGCGUGUUGAGGCCUAGCUUUCGUGGCCCGGACUAUCUUUGCGACACAUUUUGGCAGCUUUGGUUCAGACCACCGCUAGCUCAGAGAAUCAGAUGAUCUCAAUCUAAAGUGCCUGCAGCUCGAGCUACAGCACUGUGUCACCAAAUUGGAUGAGCGUACUGUGCUUCCGCUGAACUUUGG